AUGAACAGUCCAAAAGCGAUUCUAAAAAACCUAUUAUCUGGGCAAGGUAACUCAGGUCUUAAUAGUAUCAGUAGUGGAUUACUACAAAAUACAUAAACGUAGAGAAAUAUAGACAAUGCAAAUGCCCCUUAUGCAACUAAUCAAAAAAAGCCUUCUUUUCUCAAUUAUGAUAAAAAAGAUAUGAAAUAGAAAAUUCCUGGUGAAGUUGGAAAGAGCAAAUUUUCUAUUACUUAGAGAUUAUCAAAAUUAAGUGGAAAUUAGGAUGGAAAUCAGUAUAUGAAAAUCGAAGAUGUUGACUAAGACUAGUCCGAUUUUAAGAAGCGUAAUAGCUUCAUGAGUACUAUAAACUCAGGAAAAUAGAUUGAACUAGAGAGACAUCCAAUUCAUAGAAUGUCAUAAGGGGCCAAUAAUAAUCCAUUGAGAAAACUCAAUGUUAAAUAAUUCUAGAGUCAUUCACCAGAAACCCUAGAAAAAGAUAAAUUAUAGAAAUUUCUUAUAAGUAAAGGGCUUAACCCAUCUACAUAACUAUUGAAGAAAUAUACCUCAGAAUCCCCAAGUUGCAAGAAAUAAUUGUUUAAAAUUCAAAGUGGGAGUGGUUCAAACGGAGGUGGCAAUUCCUCACGCAAAUAGAAAGUAUUAAAAUAUAAAGUUGGCCUUUUUAAUUCCCAAAAUUUAAAAUCCAAUUAAGUAUAAAAUAAUGGAACAUCUUCAUCAAUCCACAAAUCUCAUUAGUCAAGCCUUCCCGAUGCCUGUGAGAAGCUUAUUAAUGAUGUGCUGUCUGAUUAAAUAAAUAAUAGUAAUGGCUCCCUCUAUCAUAAUUAAAGUACUGACUAUGAUCGGGUUAUUCUAAAACCAACUAAUAAAAAUUUACUUUCACUAAAGAAAGCACAUUUCGCCCAUAAAACAAAUAAUAAUACUACUCUUAUUGCUCAGGCAAACAUGAGAUUACAGGGUGAGAUUUAAGAUGAUAAAGAUAGACUGAUUUAAACAUUACAGUGCUCAAUAUUCAAGUUAAGUAAUAAAAAGCUGAUUGAGGGAUUAAAGAAAGGUAAUUAGAUGAGAAAUAGUGAUUUCAAUUAAUGUGAUGAAUCCAAUCGGAAAGCUGAAAAAUCAGGAAAUGCACAAAAUUAAACUCAGAUGCCGACGAGCCAAGUAUUUUCUCCUAUCAGCGCAAGUAAGAAUUCAAAUAAGAAAAAAAUAAUAGUCAAGCCACCUUAAUCAAUUCUGAAUCCAAGAGCGUACCGAAGCCAAGAUAACAGUCCAGAAAAUAUAAUCAAUUAACUACUCAAAUCAAAAAUAUAAUAAAAGGAUUUGAAAUAGAAAAAUUACCAAUUGGAGCAAGUGUCACCAAAACUUAAAGAGGACAUGAGCAACUUUAAAAAUAAAUUAAUCAAUUUCAUUGGCUAAUACAAAUAAUGCCUAAAUUUCUUAACUAAUAACGAUUAAUCAAACUAAAUAGAUUCAAGCAAAGAACUUAGACAGGUGUUUUCUUAUAACUCACUCGAACCAACUGGAGAUUUUUCUAAAAGUGAUUACGUAGAAGUUAAAAUGAAUAUUCAAGAAUGA